CGGCGCGCGAGAAAGGGCCCGGUGGCGCCGAGGCUCGAGCGGCCGUCGCCAUUUUGAAGGGUUCGCUCUGACGCGGGAGCCGCCGCCAGCGCCGCCGCCACCCGGAGGCUGUUGUCAGGAUGGUGAAGCUGUUCAUCGGAAACCUGCCCCGGGAGGCCACAGAGCAGGAGAUCCGCUCGCUCUUCGAGCAGUAUGGGAAGGUGCUGGAAUGCGACAUCAUUAAGAACUACGGCUUUGUGCACAUAGAGGACAAGACGGCGGCCGAGGAUGCCAUACGCAACCUGCACCACUACAAGCUGCACGGGGUGAACAUCAACGUGGAAGCCAGCAAGAAUAAGAGCAAAGCUUCAACCAAGUUACACGUGGGCAACAUCAGCCCCACUUGUACCAACCAAGAGCUUCGGGCCAAGUUUGAGGAGUAUGGUCCUGUCAUCGAAUGUGACAUCGUGAAGGAUUACGCCUUCGUACACAUGGAGCGGGCAGAGGAUGCAGUUGAGGCCAUCAGGGGCCUUGACAACACAGAGUUCCAAGGCAAGCGAAUGCACGUGCAGUUGUCCACCAGCCGGCUGCGGACUGCGCCCGGGAUGGGAGACCAGAGCGGCUGCUAUCGGUGCGGGAAAGAGGGGCACUGGUCCAAAGAGUGCCCAGUAGACCGCACGGGUCGUGUGGCGGACUUCGCCGAGCAGUACAGCGACCAGUACGGAGCGGUUCGCGCGCCUUACAGCACGGCCUACGGGGAGUCCGUGUAUUACAGCGAUGCCUACGGAGCACUUGACUACUAUAAGCGUUACCGGGUCCGCUCUUACGAAGCGGUGGCGGCGGCGGCAGCAGCCUCCGCGUACAACUAUGCAGAGCAGACCAUGUCCCAUCUGCCGCAGGUCCAGAAUCCAGCUGUGACCAGUCACCUCAACUCCACUUCUGUCGAUCCCUAUGACAGACACCUAUUGGCGACCUCAGGCGCUGCUGCCACCUCGGCUGCUAUGGCCGCUGCUGCUGCCACCACGCCCGCCUAUUACGGAAGAGACAGGAGCCCCCUGCGCCGCACCGCAGCUGUGCUCCCCACGGUUGGAGAGGGCUACGGUUAUGGGCCAGAGAGUGAGCUGUCUCAGGCGUCGGCAGCUGUGCGGAGUUCUCUGUAUGACAUGGCUCGGUACGAACGGGAGCAGUACGUGGACCGAGCGCGGUACUCAGCCUUUUAAAGACUGGAGGUGAGAGUGGGGUGGGAGUGGUUAUGGUUCUAUUUAGUUCUCCUGAAAGAGACCCGUGCUUGAUAGAGGCUAGAGCAACCUGCUUGCUGUCGGGACAGUAUCCAAAAGGUACAAUUAAUAGUCUUAAAUAUUUCUUCAGCCUAACCCAGAGGUUCAUUUGGCCUGUUGAAGUUUUUUUGUGUGACUCCAACCAAUUUAUUCCUUCUGAGAGAAUAACAGCGUACUCAAUUUGUUAGUGAGCAUCUUGUUCUUUAGUCAGGUGUGAGCAGAUCUGGGUUUCAGACCAGUAGAUAAGGGAACUAACAUUUGUUGCGUGUGCUCUGUGUACAUUGUAUUAUUUAAUCUACACGGUAAGCCUUUGAGGUCUUCUUUCUCUAUUACAGGUGAGAGAAGUAAGGCUUGUAGAGGUUAAGUAUUUUGUACAGAGUCAUUUGGUAAUCGAGAGGUAGAGUGAAGAUUCAGUCAGGUCUGGCUGAUUCCAAAACCCGUUCUCCUUGCACUAUAAAAAUCCUUGGGUUCAGGAGUUAGUAAUGGAGAAUUUUAACUUGAGACUUCCAGUUUGUUAAUAAAUUUGCUUCUUGGGUCAUUAGCCUUUAUCAUAGAAAGCUAGUCUUACAUCAUACGUCUGUAAGCCAAAGAAAGUCCUAUAAAGUUUAGGUGGUUCAGUUGAGAGCUCGCUUGAAACCUGAUUGUUUUCAUGCCUGUCCCAUGGAGUCCCUUCUUUAUCGGUAAUUCGGAGUACCUGUUUGGCAUGUGCCCUUCUUUGUAGCCUGUGAUGCUAUCAUUUAGAGCCUGAGGCUUUCCAUUUCUUUUAGCAAUUUUUGUUUAAGGGAGAAGCACUUAAUGAAUUAGAUAAGCUGGUAAUCUUCUGAGGUGUAUAAAAUUCCACUUGUGGUGACCCUGAAAAUUUCAUUUUUCAUUUCAUACCAAAGGUGUUGGAAUGGCUAAAAUAAUUAGCAGUUAUUAGAGAGACUGAUAAACCUCUUAUCUGAGUGGAAAUGGCUCAGAACCACUAUAUUCUCACGGUUUUUCUCAUACCUUGAAAUUGAGCAUUGCUUGAAUUGGAUGCCCAGUAGUUUACCACUAGGUGUCAAGGAUUCCCAACGGAUCCCUUUGGUUCGUGUGUAAAAGAAAACAAACUAUGGGAAUUUGCCCCUUUUUGUAAAGUGAAAAACAAAUAUGGUGUGAACCUGUCGUAGUUACAUCCUAUAUGACCGUGACGGCAAGACCCGGCAUCUCCUGAAACCACUGGCAGCAGCGUGUGCUCAUGUGUAUAUUGCACGAUCUUACAACUUGGAUGGUUUGUCAUUUUGCAGCUGGAUCUACCACAAAGUAAGAUAUGCCUCUGAAGUAAGAUGGUAUCAUCUAUCAGAUGACACGUUUCUCUCAAAUAUGUUUCAAAGUUAAACAUUAAAUUAGUACAUUGUGGUGUUUGAAAGAGUACUGUGAGGGUACUUUUAAGUGAUUUUUUUUGACUAUGAGCAGUGGUUGUUGAACUAACCUCUUUUUAGUGAUGACUUUUAAAGAAACUUACCUUCCAGGUAUGAACCUCCAACGGACUGAAUAACCCUGAGUUGGUUGCAGUCCCAGGAGCCUGAUGUUAAUGAGGCUGCCAGGAUGAGAUACUCCACAACUGUUGGGGAGCCAAAUCCGGGUCUCGCUCUAGCAGAACUGAUCCAAGAGCAUCACAACUUUUGAAGUCGAUUGGCACAGAUCAAGACCGAGAUUUGGCCCUUGUCUGUAAUAAGUAGAGGAACUUGGUGUGAGUUAACUUUUUUUUCCCCCCAACCAUUGGUGUCUGGAGUUCCCAUCAUCAAUGGAAGUAGUAGAAAAUUUUAGGAGUGAUUUCUUUUGAUUUGGAAAGGGAGAUUUGGCCAGUUAGGGAAAGUACUGGAGUUAAUGGCUCUAAAUCUAUGACAGUUAGGACAUGUAGGUGUGUUGGAGAUGGGUGAAUGACCACUCCUUGGUACCCUGCCCUUUGGGAUUGUCAUUUCUGGAAACUGGUGGACUAUGAAAGAUAAAAAUGAAACAAAUGCAGAAUAGUGCAGUUGACCAUUUUUGAGAUCUGGGAGUCUUCUGCUAUUCUUGGACCCCAAAAUUCAAUUGUGGUUCUUGGUAAUGGAAUAUUGGUAUGCCCUUUGUUGCAGCAGCAGUAGCCCUGUGUCACAGGGCUUGACUUGCCUAAAAGAUGGGGAAGAAAAUCAGAAAGAUGUCUUUAUCGCCACCACAGCAGUCUUCCAGAUAGACUGCAUGCUGUCCUGUGGAUAGCUAUAAGUAGAUUGCUAUAUAGUGCUUAGUAGAUUCCCAGGUAAUUACGUGGUAGCAGUUUGAUCCACACUGAUGUGGUUUUGUUUUGUUCUUUGUUUUUUUUCUCCCCCUGGAAUACAGGACGGGACCAGGGCCCUUGUACUCGGAGCCGAGCUGCUCCCCUGGCACUGUGUAAGCCUCUUGUGUUGUGCUCUCUUUCAGGUAGGAUAAUUGCGGACUGAACCCUCGGGCUGCGGUCAUAUAUGAGAGCUUGCUCAGCGCGGUCCCCUUUGCCGGGAUGUUUCCAUUGCUUCAUGUUUCAGUAAACAAAGGAGUUUGUGACCAACUAUGUUUUCUUUCUUAAUUCUUCUGUGUUGACUUUUCUUCCUUCCUGAUACUAGUCUCUGUAGCCUUUCGCUCUGCUCCUCAUAUUCUCAGCCUCUGAGCAGCCCUAGGUAAGGAGUAUGCUGGCACCCCCCUUUUCCUGUACAGUGGAGCCCCUCUUAUCUUGCUUUCCUUCUCCCUGCCUACCCGCCGCACCUCCUUCCCUUUAGAAUGACCAUGGAGUAGCAAGCAGCCUCUCACUCUUCUGUAAGCUCUGGAAUCUAACACUGAAGCUAAUCUUCUGACAUUGCCAGGACCAUUGGGGGUUUUGGUGGGUUUUUGGUUGGUGUUGUUUUGUUUGUUUGUUUUGUUUUUUAUGUCCGACCUGUGAUCGUGGUACAGCAUUAGCUGAAAUUGAGCCUUGUUUUUAACUCCACUCCUCCCACUUUUUUUUUUUUUUU